GUCUUGUUUUUUAACACUCUGUCAUCUACUCACUGUUUAUAAGCAGCUCUCCAUGCCAAUCUCUUCCCCAUACCAUCCCUCAGCCUCUUAUCCUCCCUCUUUCUCUCUCUCCCCUUUCUCCAUACCCAUAUCAACUUUAGACUUCUCACACAAACACAAGUCUUUUUCUCCAUAUCCAUAUCAAGUUUGACUUCAUAAUCUUUACCAUCUUCAAGAUUUGUAAACCCUAGAGUGAGAGUGAGAGUUAUGGCAUCAAGUUCUCUCAGUUCACGUAGGUCGUUGUCAUCAUGGACACCGCAGCUGAACAAGCUGUUUGAGCAGGCAUUGGCUCAGUACGACAAGGACACGCCGGACCGGUGGCACAACAUAGCAAGGGCAGUGGGUGGAGGGAAAUCUGCGGAGGAAGUUAAGAGACACUAUGAUAUACUUCUUGAGGAUCUAAGGCGCAUUGAGUCGGGUCGUGUUCCGAUUCCUAAUUACAGGUCCAAUGCCAAUGCAGAUGAGGAACGGAGG